AAUUUGCAUUAUGUGGGAGCAGAAUAUACGGUCUCAAAAGAAGUUUCUUGGAAAGACUAUAAGAGAUGUGGCCAAGCCAAACAAAUGUUCAGAAAAACAGUGGACCAAAACAAGUAAAUGCAUGGUACAGUUUCCUUAAGUUUCACUCAGAUUUAAUAGCACAAAAAUGUAUGAUGUCAUUUCUGGCUCCCACUUUACACGUUGGCUAUAUAUACAAGUCAUUCAUUCUCAAGCUCUUGUGAAUUUUGCAAACCAAAACCAGUUUUCCCAUAAUUUAGGGAAACUUGUUGCAGUUGAGGGCUGAGGGAUCGACAAGAAGAAGCCGUUAUGGGAGGAGGAAACGGCCAGAAGUCAAGGAUGGCUCGUGAGAAACACAUGGAGAAGAACAAACCCGUUAAAGGUAGUCAGCUGGAGUCAAACAAAAAGGCCAUGACAAUUCAGUGCAAAGUUUGCAUGCAGACAUUCAUAUGCACCACAUCGGAGGUGAAGUGCAGGGAACAUGCUGAAGCAAAGCACCCAAAAUUUGACAUGUAUGCUUGUUUCCCUCACCUUAAGAAAUGAAUGACACAACCCAAUAAGAAAAAAUAGAACUUCAAGACUGAGCUUGAGGUUCCAUAUCUUGUAUUUAUGUUAAUAUCAUUACAUUUGAAGCUUCUGUUAAAAGUUACUGCCAAUAAAAAAAUGAGUUAUCACACAAUUUGAAGUUGUCCAUGCUAUCAUGGUAGCUAGUUGCUAACUUGUUGCCCAACUCUUAACCAUUUAUUCUAAGAUUAGAGUUUAGCUUGAUCGU